GCGGCUGCAGCGGUGGCGACCGUGGCGCGGGAGGUAUAGGAGGAGGUGGGGCCGUCGGUGAAGCCGGAUCCGGAUCCAGUGCUGAGUGUCCGGGUGAGUGAGAGUCCAGCCGGCUUGGAGAGGAGCACCUACUGCCGGGCCUCUGCGGUUUUAUUUUAGAACUUUUUGCAAAAAUGAAGCCUGAUGAAACUCCUAUGUUUGACCCAAGUCUUCUCAAAGACGUGGACUGGAGCCAGAACACAGCGACAUUUUCUCCAGCCAUUUCCCCAACACAUCCUGGAGAAGGUUUGGUUUUGAGGCCUCUGUGUACUGCUGACUUAAACAGAGGUUUUUUUAAGGUACUAGGUCAGCUGACAGAGACUGGUGUUGUCAAUCCUGAACAAUUUAUGAAAUCUUUUGAGCACAUGAAGAAAUCUGGGGAUUAUUAUGUUACAGUUGUGGAAGAUGUGACUUUAGGACAGAUUGUUGCUACAGCGACUCUGAUAAUUGAACAUAAAUUCAUCCAUUCCUGUGCUAAGAGAGGAAGAGUAGAAGAUGUUGUUGUUAGUGAUGAAUGCAGAGGAAAGCAGCUUGGCAAACUGUUAUUAUCUACCCUUACUUUGCUAAGCAAGAAACUGAACUGUUAUAAGAUAACCCUUGAAUGUUUACCACAAAAUGUUGGUUUCUAUAAAAAGUUUGGAUAUACAGUAUCUGAAGAAAACUACAUGUGUCGGAGGUUUCUGAAGUAAAAGUUUUUUAAGAAGACAUCAAAGGAGCUUAUGCAACAAGGUUAUACUCUUCUAGAGUCAAAAAUGUUUGUUGCUACAACCCAGUGACCUCCAUAAAUACUGAAUUUUAAAAAACAUUGUAAUACAAGUAUAGUGACAUUUAGAAGAUUACUUUGGGCUGGUGGGACAUGCUAUGUGUUUAGAUUACAAAUGAUUAUAAAUGGGGAUGAUUUUUAACCAAAGGAAUAUAUUUUUAACUUGAAUCUUUUCUUGCAUUGUAUUUUUCUAAAGUUUGGCUUCAUUUCUUAGUAGUCAAGAAUACAUAUAAUAAGGAGUUAUGUCUACUAUCUUUAAAAAGUAUCUAAUAAAGCUAUUCUCAUAUUCAUAAAAUUUUGUUUCCAAGAAACAUAACUAAAUACUAUCUAGGUGUAUAUCAUUUCCCAAAUGUUAUGUGAAGUUAGACAUAUUAAAACUAAAUAUAGUACAACUCAACAUUUAUUGAUCCUAAUACUGUAUUGGCAAACAACCUAAUCAGUGUCUAAAGAAGUAGAAAUGAAAAUUAAUUUUUAAAAUGUGACAAAAUUCAAAUAAUUUAAAUGUGUAUCUAAAGUUUAUGUAAAUCUAAUGUUAUAUAUGUCACCUGUUUUACAUGUGAAAGAUAAUUAUUCAUAUAAGAGCCAAUACGAAGUAAUUUAAAAAUAGUGAAUUAGCAAAUCCUGGUAUAUGAUGAUUUUCUAACCUGAUUUCUCAUCUUUUCAUGGGUAUCUGAAGCCUCUCUUCUGAGUAACUUUUUUCAUUAAAAAUAGAUAAUUAUCAAAAUGAGAGGAAUAUUCAAAAGGGUACCAUGCUGUAUUGGUUACAUUCUGAAAAUGUUAAUGGAAACUUUUGUAUUUAAUGUGAUUAUAAUAAUGGUACUAUUAUAGUCAGUAUCCUGAUUUUAUUUAUUUUAAUUAUUUUUUUAAGUUGAAUAAUUACUUUAUCAAUGGUUGUAAUCUUUUGCAUUCCAUGUUACA